GAGGAAAAUAUUGCAAAUAUGAAGAUCGAGAAGGAUCUCGUCGCUGACAGGGCGCAAGCGCAAAUCAAAGAGCUUCGGGAGAAAAUGGAGAAGGAUUCUGAGCGUGCCCGCGUUACAGAGCUGGAGAUGAAGUCUGAACAGCAAAUGCUAGAAAGCAAACUAGAAGUCAUGAGAGCGAGAGCUGAGGAGGUAUCGACAGGAGCCACGGGUGACGCACAAGCCAAAUUACUACGGCAAAUUGAGACCUUGCAGACUCAAUAUGUUGUCGCGAGCGAAAAUUGGCAGGGUAUUGAAGCAUCCCUGAUUGCAAGAGCUACAAGUCUCGAGAAGGAAAGGGACGAGGCAACUCGAAGAGAGGCAGACAUUCGACGAAAGGCUCGAGAAGUCACCCUGAAAGUCAAACGCAACGAGGAUGAGCUCGAAGAACUAAGACCGAAACUGCCUAGUUUGCAGCAAGAGCUUGCCGCUCAGAAAGCACAGCUUGAUAGCUUGCAGCAACGUGCAAAAGAGGCAGAGGCCGCCUUGAUUGAAGCCCGGGCAGCAUUCGAUCAAGAAAGGCAAGCUUGGCAAUCUGAGCUGCUGCAACGUAUAGAUGAGGAGAGACAAAAAUGGCAAGAGGAGACAGCUGGCCAAGGCUUUCUUAGUCCCGGCCGUGUGGACUCACCUCUUGCAUCGCCUCGCAGAGGAUUUACCCCAGAGUUUCUAGGAUUCCAAACCUUGCCGAUAAGGGGAACAACGGCUCGCUCUAUAACCAGCGAUGUGCCCACAGCGGAUCGGUUUCAGGCCCGUCGCCCUUCAGCUGUAGCUCUUGGUCGAUCUUCAGGAGGGAAUGGAAACCCCACAAGACAGGACUUGUUUCAAUCAGUGACUGCAAAUACUGAAGUUCCGGAUACCCCUUCCAUACACACCGAUCAAGACGACUUCUUCGAGAAUAAUGCAUCACUAUCGUCCCCGCAUCAAACGAUAAACGACAUGGUGUCUGCAUCUACCGCUGGUGCGGGACCGUCCGUUCAACUGGUAGAAAGAAUGAGCUCUGCAGUGCGACGGUUGGAGAGUGAAAAAGUCGCCACCAAGGAAGAUAUAGCAAGACUUUCUGCUCAGCGAGAUGAGGCAAGAGCCGAGAUCGUUGCUCUCAUGAAAGAAGUUGAAGCGAAGAAGGCUGCAGAUGCUAGAGUUGCAGAACUGGAAGCAGAAGUUGAGGAGAUCAAGGCAAGAUAUGAAACGACAUUAGAGAUGUUAGGGGAGAAGAGCGAGCUGGUGGAUGAGCUACGGAGCGACAUUGAUGAUAUUAAAGCUAUGUAUCGGGAGCUCGUUGAAAGGACAGUGAAAUGAGAGGAUGGGAGGUGAUACAAAAAUAUCGCCUCAUUACAGGCGACUUGAUAAAAGCGGGAUGGUAUCAGGAGUUACCAACAGCACGAAGAAAGAUGCGGGGAUUUCUCAAGGAGCU